CCUGCGCCGAAGGCGCUUGCUGCAGCAACUCACUUCGAGUUCGAUUUUGACCCCGCCUAUGCGCCAGAGGUUCUUGUCAAAGUGGUAGACACCGACUAUUUUAGUGAUCGGAGAGACGGGCAGCGGGUGCCAGGUUCCGGCGACGACACUUUUGGGAGCGCAAAUCUGCGCCAGCCGCUUGAAUUCCCGCAACCUGAUGGGUCGCCACCCCGGCGUCCGUGGGUACAGGGCUCUGGAGCGGCCGCCGAAUACAAGUUUGCUUUCCGCGCCCCCAUUCUUGCGACGUACUUUUCUCCCGCAGAGCCACUCGCCGGGGUCCAGUUUGUCUUUCACCUUCGUAGGGGCGGGGUGUGGAAUUUCUUUACCGUGCAGGUUCCCCGUAAACUGAUGGAUGACGCACAGCUAACCGCGCAGCUUCCCUUUCCAAUGGCGGACCGUGACCCGUUUACAAAUAGAGGUCGUGACAAAGUGUGCGUCAAGUAUCAGUCCCUUCAGUCCGACGGCUACCAUUCCGGAAACAAGGGCCCGGACAGGGCCUGGCACACUCCGGAAAACAGCUUGCGCGCAGGGCACCGCUACCGCGUCGUCAAGGCGGACCGACCCAUGCCGAAACAUCCGGGCGAGGCCGCUCCUGCCACUCCGCCCAACACAAACCAAGCGUCAGCCCGCAAAGCUAACUACGGCCAGGAUUGCAGUUGGGCCCACGACGGGUUGUGGUCUGGAGCUAUAUCCUGAAUAAAACUUUUAUCAUUACCCCGCCCGCAUCAGUGAGUCUCCACUUGCCACGCUCUAUAAUGGCGCUAUGGUAUCAUGCAUUAUGACAGAUCUACAUCUAUCGAGUUGCAAUUGCAUCAAUUAAACUUGAAGAUGAAGAUGGAGGGUGAGGUGAUUUUAUUCAGGAUGCCCGUGCAACGAGCCCGAUUUGCAGAACUUAUUGGAUACCAAUAAUUUACCGGAAGAUGGCCCAGAUACCUAUCCAAGAAAAAGACUGUGCAGUUUAUAUGUAAUAUCCUUCAACUGACGCUGACCGCAGCACAGAUUCCGAUUCUCUUCGCAUGACAGACAUGAAAAACUUGUCAUGCGCGGCUGGUACUGCGUGAAAUGGUAAUGGAAAACAGAAACACUCGUGAUCCGCGCUGCUGUGACAGCACGUUCACCCUGACAUCAAGUGUGGCUGCCUUUAUUAUCAUGUUAAUAUCCAUAGAGGAUGGUUUACACAGCUGAGCGCUUUUUUUUUCUUGGAUAGCAACACUCCACGGUCCAUCGUCGCGACGGAGUUGGACCUCCAGAUUCCGGGCGGCUGCGCUCUCGGAGACGGAACUCCGUGCAACACCGGCGACAACCUGAUUGCUAACGAUGUGACCCGCAUCCGCUCUACCAUCUGCCUCGUCGGCGUCACCGAGUGGAUGCUCCUGCGAGCGCAGCUGCACCAAAUUUUCCAGGCCCACGGAGCGGUGAAUGGAACCGGGGAAACGGAAUUGGGGCUCCGCGCAUUGACGGAGAACUUGCGUGAUGUUGGUACCAAUGUGUCGCCCCACUUCGCGGAUUGCGUGGGCAGCUUCAACGCGAUGGUCAGGGAUCAGGAGUGGGGGAACGUUUGAGUAGUAUAUUGAAAAGCAAAACUAAAAAUAUCUUGGCGGUAUGUUUUUAACAAGACGUAGCACAUCCACAGGGCACAACAACUUCAACUCCUAUCGCUUUGUUUUCCUAAAAACGAAAAGGGGGUCUGGACGACCUACCUGUAUAGCGGGCCCUCCGACUCGAUUGAGCUAGAGUUGGGAAGUGCGGCGAGUAGUUCUUUUCGGCGCAGGAGUUUUACUUGUUUUGAAAGUGAGAAUGGGCGGUACAGUUUUGGGUCAGAGUCACUCCACUACAGCAUGUACUUUUCUACUAUCAAGUUUCUUCGUGUAUAGUUAUCAAGGUUCUUCGUGUAUAAUUCUUUAGUUUUACAACUCAUUUAUAAUUGCUCCAGUCAGUUGUUGGGUAAGGCACUCAACGAUUCAACAUUCAUAAGUUUGCCCAUUGCCACGCACCCCUAGCGCGUCGUCUUCUCUGAGUCGAGUUUUGAACUCCCUGGACUACUAACCCUUGUGUUAUUUGAUUGUUGUCAAGAUAGAACAACACCACAAACACCUGGAGAACUCUUGCGCCCGCCCGUCCCCGUGGAAAAUUUACUAGAAAGGAUGUACUUUAAUAGCAUGGAAAAGUUAAUCGCGGAAAAUUUAAUCGCUACGCUUGGAAAAUGGAAAAAAUCGCUACAACAUACUACAUCCAGCAUAACUACUGUAUAAUCAUCUGAAAAAAAAAUACUAUGCCACCGCAAUCACAGGGGUGGUGAGAAGAUGAGAGCAAAGCUGCGUCACGUCGUGUACAAUCGAGCAGUAUUAUAGUAGACAGACAGUACUACACAUACAUCUUGAUCUUCAUAGUAGACAUGAAACAUACAUAGUGGCGCACAAUCAGAAAACUACUCAUGAUGUAAAGCACAACAUACCAAUUGUUCGGAAAUCCGAAUGAUCGAGAGAGCGUAUGCACCAUUAUACAUAGACACGGAAUGAAAUAAAGUCUCGACCUCCCGCAUUUGACCCGGAAUGAAAUAAAGUCUUGUUUUG